CCCGAUGUUUGCAUUUUAGUGGCGGAUUGUUACAGAUGGGGACAGCUAGGGAUACAAACGCCUGAAAUCAGCGUUUCUCAAUUCCCCAAACUGCGAUCUUUCACAUCGUCUUUUUCCUCCCCAGAUUCCCAUCGUUGGCAACUUUGCCUGCUUGUUGAUGUGCUUCCCCUGUAUUGGGUAAUAAGCUUCGUUUCGCUAAAUGUAACGCGAAGUCGGAUGAAUGGCUGAUAUUUAAUAGUUAACCGAAAAAGACACUCUCUCGACACGGUGCCCCUUUUUAAACGACUGCCAAAUAGUUUAAAACCAGACAAACGUGUUUUCAUGCGUGAGUCACAGUUAGAUGCACUGUGGUUUCGGUGUCUUCGCUGCUCCCUCCACCCAGAUGACCGAACUGCUGUGAAUUUUGGUCGCAUCUCUAAGCCUGAUUGCCGUUUGAUACCUAGGAAAUGUAUGUAGCUGGUGUCUUGAAAAAGAAACGGAAUCGCAUGUAAUAAUGAUACGCGCUUACCGUGUAUGUGAUACCGAGUUUCUGUCUUGUCUAAGGUUACAAUCGCAGGACAAUUAGAGAAUAUUUUAAAGCUACCCAAGCCAGAUUAUUUUUUUCUUUGUUGGUAUGUGUGCAGCUAGCCGCUAAUUCACGUGUGUCCUUUAUGCACUUUUUAUGCUUAUUCGCUGGGGAAGCAAUUUUUUUGUGCGUUUCGAGGGGGGGAAAGGGGGCGACGUCCAAAACAGCGGUUUCGAUCCGUAUCCUAAAUGGACGGCAUGUUACUGGCGUCCGCCGUGGUGGUGUGGGAAUGGAUGAACGAGCACGGCCGCUGGCGGCCUUACAGCCCGGCCGUAUCUCAGCACAUCGAGGCGGUGAUUCGGAGCGACCCCCGCGGCGGAAGCGUGGUGCUGGGCCAGGUGGACACCCGCCUCUCCCCCUACAUCAUAGACCUGCAGUCCAUGCACCAGUUCCGCCAGGACACGGGUACCCUGAGGCCGGUGCGGCGUAGCUUCUAUGACCCCACUUCAGCUCCAGGGCACGGCUGGCUAUGGGAGUGGGAGAACGACUCGGGCUCCUGGACGGCGUACGACAUGGAGGUGAACAUCGCUAUCCAAGCGGCGCGGGACCGGCAGCAGCCGUGGCUGGAUCUGACGCCCCUCGGCUUCUGCUACCUCAUCGACUUCCAGAGCAUGACCCAGAUCAACCGGCAGACGCAGCGGCGACGGCGCAUCCAGCGACGCUCGGACAUGGCCUACCCGCUGGUGUCCGGACCCCUGCCCCGGGCCUGGGGGGCAGCGGCAGGGGCUGGUGGGGGCACGGUCUCAGCCGGCGGCCUCCUGGGCGUCGGAGUGUCAGGCGUGCGAGGGAAUGGCGGCGCCGGAUACCCCAGCAGGACCCUACCCCAAUCCUCCCUGGCAUCCUCGCUGGGUCGGGCCUGCACUUGCCCCCAGUGCAUGCUGGUCCUGAGCAUCAAGACUGGGUCCAUGGCUCAGACGCUGGGCCGCCGGCCCUCACAGAAACCACCCAGCCCCAAGUCUGCCACAGUGGGGCGCCCCAGCAUGGCCAGCAGCCACGCACACACCUUGCCCAAGCCCCUCCCCCACUCCAAGUCGCCAUGUAAAAGCUCCACACCGGGCACGGACUCCUCCGGCUCAGCCGCCCAGUCCUCAGCCCGGCCGCCUCCACCUUCUCUACCCCCUCCCCCGCCACCACCUCCUCCGCAGCCAGCCACGUCUGUCCCCGUGGUGCCCACUGCUACCCUCAUCACCACCGCCACCACGUCCUCCGCCACUUCGGUCCUCAGCGCCCCCGUGCCCACCCGCGCUAGCCUGGCAGGACUGAGCCGUCCCGCCCUGCAGCGCAUCGCUCUGGCACAGUCCCGGGCCCUCAUCGCGUCCGGGGUGCCCACAGUCCCAGUGAAGAACCUUAAUGGCUCAAGUCCCGUCCAUCCUGCACUCGCCGGUAUUACAGGUAUCCUGAUGAGUGCCGCCGCGCUUCCCGUGUGUCUCACCCGUCCCCCCAAACUGGUGCUGCACCCGCCGCCCGUCAGCAAGAGCGACAUCAAGCCCAUUCCCGGGCUGGGCCACUGCUGCCGCAAAACCAGCAAGAAGCAGGCGCGCAAAGGUAGGACUCCGGAGGAAGUGGUGAAGAAGUAUUUGCAAAAGGUGCGGAACCCCCCCGAGGAGGACUGUACCAUCUGCAUGGAACCCCUGGGGGGCCCCUCUGGGUAUAAAGGCCCCGGCGUGGGAGGGGUGUCACGGGGAGAGUCGGUGGGCCGCCUGGUGCAGUGUGGCCACCAGUACCACCUGCAGUGCCUGGUCGCCAUGUACAGCAACGGCAACGGAGACGGUAGCUUGCAGUGUCCCACCUGCAAGACCAUCUACGGCGUGAAGACGGGCAACCAGCCGCCCGGCAAGAUGGAGUACCACGUCAUACCCCACUCGCUGCCCGGCCACCCCGACUGCAAGACCAUCCGCAUCAUCUACACCAUCACUCCUGGCAUCCAGGGUCCGGAGCACCCUAACCCAGGAAAGCCCUUCACAGCCAGGGGGUUCCCUCGACACUGCUACCUCCCUGACAGUGAUAAGGGCCGCAAGGUGCUUCGCCUGUUGCUGGUGGCCUGGGACCGGAGGCUGCUCUUCUCCGUGGGAACCUCCAGCACCACAGGCGAGUCCGACACCGUCAUCUGGAACGAGGUGCACCACAAGACCGAGUUCGGCUCCAACCUGACGGGCCACGGAUACCCGGACCUGGGAUACCUGGACAACGUGCUGGAGGAGCUGAGGGCACAGGGCAUCACGGAGGAGGACAGUCUGAAUGACUGAGAAGAAGCAUAUGGGAGUUCGGACUCUGUCGCUGUAUGUUAAUGUCUGUGACCGACAUUCUUGGGGGUGGGGGGGGGGGGAUCACUACACUAAAACUGGCAUGCAGGUGAUGCAACACCAGUGUACGGGGGUAGGAGGAGGGACGCUCAGUAUAACCACUGCUUACAUGCAAUAAAUGAGCAGCAGAGUGGGUGGGAUUAGGUUCCAGUACUAACUAACAGUUAGAGAGGGUACUAUGGUAAUUAGUAAUAAUGAUGAGAUGAUAGAAAAAGGUAUGUAGAGAGAUGAGGACAGAUUUCAGGUAAGAAAGCACACAGGUGGAUGUGAUGGAAAGGGGAUUAUGAAUCCCGGUGAGAAGAGUGAGGGUAACAGAGAUGGUGAGGGUGAGAGAAGGUUUAGGGUAGGUUAGACACUAAAGCUUUAAGGUUUGUUACUACUGAGCCAGAGACUUAAACUAUACUGACCAAAACUCUUUUACUCCAAAUGUUGCGAAAGGCCAUAGAUGCAUUUCAGCAUGUCUGUUUAUUCGAUAAGUACAUUCCUUUUUGUUUAACACAAGUUAAUUAUUAUGAUUUGUAACAUGUAACCGAGUCGUACCAUGAAUAGUUAACUUGUCUUAUUUCUUUCGUUUAUUCUAAUUUGAGUCAGGUAGAGUGAUAUGUUUAACUGCGGAAAUCCUUCACUCUCGGUGCUGUGACGGACAGGAUGUCACUUUGCCGGUGUUGAGGUUUGUGAAGGGUGUUAGACUCUUUAGUAUUGUGUCAGAUGGUGACAGUGCAGGGGGGUUGGGGGGUGUGAGCAUUGGAGGUACUUGUCAGAGUUUUUACGUGGAAAAACUCGGGAGUUGCCUCCGUCGGUCCCAUUCGAGGCUGGAAUGAGGCAGCGUGUGAGGCUGCGUCACGGUUUAGACACAAGAUUGAACAGGUGACUCGGGUGUGAACGAGGACCUUCGCACGUGCGUGUGGCGUGGCAAAAUACGGGCAGGCCUCUAAAGUUGGUCCAGUGCUCUUAUUGGCAUUUAUAAACCGUACUGUUGAACUGAGGCACGAGCUCAAAGCUGCUUUGUAAUUUAGCCUCAGAGGAUUCAACUAAAAAAUGUAUUCAACUCUGUAAAAUUUUCGAAGUAGUCGGUUGCUUAAGAAAAGCUUUUUGAAUGCUUCCCACGUGCUGAAACUGUCCCGUGCCAAAUCUGCCUGUAGUCACCUGUCCAGUCUGUUCCUGUUGGGUCUUUGAAGGACCCGCUUAUGAAGAUGUACUGCUACCAGUAUGUGUGUGUUUUGUACAUGCAUAUGUAGGCGUACACUUAUAUACAGUGUAGCUACACCAAUUCGCAUGAAAACCAUGUUUUUGAGGUACACGUUACAUGAUAUGCACUCUUAUCAUUUAUCAUGAUAAACUGCUUUUUGUAGAAUUCUUUUUUAAAUUGUGUUUUGAGUGUAGGUACAGCUCUUUAUAACUGUGAAUAGACUGUUUCUGUAACGUCAUCUCAUUCACAACACUUCGGGAGUUUUGCAGCAGAAACAGCCAAGACUGGUUUUUGCACCUUUUUUGUGUACGAAAUUGCUAUAGUUAUGUAUGUGACUUUUCAUUGUGAAAAGGUUUUACUGCUAAGGGUGUGAGGCACCCGGCCCAUUCGGACUGACCCCGACAGCCCGUAGCGGUUUACCUGAUCCUUCACCUCGGGAAGGGCUCCCAACUCGGGCUCCUCAUCGUUUCUCAAAAAAGUUUGUUUUUAAAUGGCGAGGUUGGUCCUAAAAGGCCAGAAGAGUACGAGCAAACAGAUACACCAUGUAAACAAAAGGACAUGUAAGUCAAAUAUUUGCUUAAUUAUUCAAUGAAACUAUGGGCAAAAAAUAAAAUGUUAGAGGACUGUC